ACCCCAGCCCACCGCGGCGCCGCAAACCCCAAAGCCCACAUCCCCCCCGACCGUGCCUGCCCCGCCGCCGAAACGGAACGGAAACCACGCCCUAAGCUUGCUCGAAUGCGAUGGCGCCACCGCCGCUAGCCACGGCGGCGGCGGCCGAGGACACCGCGGAGCUCCUGGAGGUGCGCUGCGUGGGGUGCAGUGAGACGUUGGAGGUGGAGCGGGGGCUGACGGAGUUCGUCUGCCCCGACUGCGCCACGCCGCAGUCGCUCCCCCCGGAGCUCAUGCCCCCGCCCCGCCGGAGGGCGCUGCCCCUGCCGCGCGGCGCCGCGGACGCGCGCGGGGCGAGGCUGCCGUGCGGCGCCUGCGGCGAGCUCCUCAGCGUGCCGGUCGGGCUAUCGCGCUGCGCCUGCCCUUUCUGCGGCGCCGAGCUGGCCGUCGACUCCGCCCGCCUCCGGAACUACAUCCUGGCCUCCGCCGCGGCGGCCGUCGCACCGCGCUCCUCGGCAUCCGUCCCUCCGAUUGUUGCUGCCCGGGAGAGAUGGCAAGAGUGUCCUAGUUACGCAAUGCACGCAGGGCUACACCAAGCAGAACCUGAUGCGAGGUUAAUUCCUCCACGGAGGACGCAGGUAGAGCGUCCCAGUCGUUUCAUUCACGUGCAUCGGGAUGAACAAGAGUAUCCUGAUCAUAUGAUUGAUGGAGAGGAGAUACAUGUGGCUAAUGAGACUGUUGCAAAUCAUAGCCGUCAGGGAAAUCGACCUUCACUUGGCCGUGGUAUUGUAGGUAAUGAGGAGAGACAAGUUUUUCCUCAAAAUGUAAAUGAGGUCAGAAAUCAUGUAAAUGAUCAGCGCCCUAGUUACCAUAUUCAGCCAAAGCGAGCGCAGCUGGCACGCCUGCGUAGAGUCAUUCAUUCAGAAGAGAUGGAGGAUGGGUCUCUCAGCCAUGAAAUUUAUAGAGAGGCGAGACAUACUGAAUUGAUAUACGAGGCUACUGCAACUCAUAGGAACCAGAGAGUUGGAUGCUCCACUGGCCCCCAAACUCCAAGUAUAGGGGAGAGGCAUAUGGGGACUCCUACUCAGAUCAUACAUCAGGCGCACAAACAGCCUUAUCAUGAAAGUCAUGCGGAAGGCAGUCAGAUAGACUGUCUAGAUGUGGAUGGGGUGGUUCAUCCGCCAGUCAACCAAGCAAAUCAUGGAGAAGAGGCAUCCACUGAGAUGAUCGAUAAAAUGCUUUCAAGGGAGAGCACUUGGCCUAUUGGAUGUUCAGUUGGACCCAACUCUGUUAAUGUAGAGAAGAGAAAGGUAUCAACCACAAAUCAUGUCAAGCAACAUAUGCAAAAAGAACAGUCUGAUGCAACUCCUUCAGAACACACACAGAAAGAGCAUCCGGAUCAGGCAAUUCAUGAGCCUACCAAUCAUCUAACUAAUGCAGAAGCAAUGUACUCUUUUCCUAUAAAGGAGACUACUGCAAGGUGUAGCAAGCAGAAAAAACCAGAGUUAGUUAAUGCCAAGACUAUUGCCGAGAAGAGACAUGUGGAAUCACUGAACCACAAUAUACAACAGGCAGAAGGGCAGACCUCUGAUACUGAUAGUCAUGAAAUCCAGGUCGAUUUUGAGCGUCAAAGUAAGGCUAAUGAGAGGCAUGGCAACACUUCAACUCUUAACGGGCGGGAACAUUUUACACCUCCGAAUAAGCUGGCUGAUCUAAAACAGAAAAAUGUAUGCACUAAUGAUGAAAUCCAGAAGGAGCAGACUGAAGGUAAUGUUUCCAAGCAGACUAGUGGUUGGACUCAGAAGAAGAAUAGAAAAGGCUCAAUAGCUUCAUCAAAUGAUGGGCUUCAGCUUAAACAUAGUAAACGUUUGGCCAAAGAUUCAUCUGCUGCUAUGGAAAAUAAACCUCUAGAAAGCGACGCUGGUGACCUGCAGAAUUUUGGUCGUAAUGUCCAAGUGCCAGAAGAUGCUAUGGAUGAUGAAUCAAUUGAAUGGGUGCCUCUUCAGCAGUGUCCCCCCUCUCCAGAUUGUGAAGUGUCAGUUGCCACGACAGACACUGAUUCUGUAGAAAGUGAUGACGAUGAGGACUAUGUUGUAUCUCCAAAUCAAAGCAUGUCUGAGUCUGACCAUCCAGAUAACGAUGAGGACUAUUGCCGAUCUGUACAUAAGGUGCCUCAGGAAAUCUCUGGUGAAUCAGAUGACCCUGAUGUAACCACGACUCCUUUAGUUCCUGAUAUGUCUGACCCCGAGCAUUUCGCGCGGAAUUAUUUACCUCUAGAGGUCAGAAGGGCCCUUGCAAAGGGAAAGAAAGUAGGAGGUCGUCUUUGUCUCAAAGUGUGGACCUUGCCCAAGGGUGUACGGAUACCGGUCUCCUUGAACACUUCGGGCCUGCCAGUCGGAGAAAAUGCAAUCAUGUUGAUUAACUUUCUAGGCGCACUGGCACGGGAUGCAGUGUUGGCACCUCUCACAUAUGUAAGUUGGAAAACAUUUCCAAAGGAGAACAAGGAUGUUAUGUGGCACAUUGUUAAGCUUAAAUUUGAUGUUGAUCCACCUCGCGAGUUGUCGGUCCUGAGCUCCAUAAGAAACAAGUGGAAGUUUUGGAAAUGUCACCUAAAACUGAAACACCACGAUCCUCAUAUAACUGAAGAGGAACGCCUUGCUGAUCGAGAUCCUCGUGUCCCAGAAGAACAAUGGCGAGUCCUUAUUGCAUAUUGGAAUACGGAAAAGGCAAAGGCCAGAAGUGCUGCAGGUAAAGCUUGUCGGGCGAAAUCAACCUAUAUCACUAAAACCGGAUCAAAGAGCUUUGCACGUAUAUUUGAGGAAGAGUCACGAUCUGGUGACCCUGCUCUUGAGAAUCCAGAAAGCCCAGAAGAUGAUUAUGCACCUGCCAUGGGUGCAAAAAGGAGGGCUAGUGCACGCACGUAUACACCUGCGCCCUCCCCCAAAGACCUACAGGAAAGGUCAGACCCGCAAGCUGCGAGGGCCAAACGAAAGGCUGGAGAUGAAGUCUCCACACCGAGAAAGAAGGUGGUAGUAACAGAGGAAAGUCGCCCCAAAAACUCUCAGGAAAAUGCAGUCUUGGAAGCUGCGAGGGCUAAAAGAAAAGCUGAAGAUGAGGCAGCCGCUCUAAGGAAGAAGGUGAUAGUGAUGGAGGAAAGUCAGAAAAAGCUGCAGGAGGACUUGGCAAGAGUGACAAACGCAAUGAGUGCUAUGCAGAAGAUGAUGUCAACUGGUGGCUUACCAAAUGGAAUAACGGAUGAACCAGUGAUGCUACCAAGUUUCCAACAGGAACGAAAUGAAGCGAACUCCGAUGAUGUUUUGGAGCCGCAUAUUGUUUACUCAGGGCCACGUCAUCCUUCCUCGCAUAAUCAACGGACUCGAUGAGAUGGUAAUGCCAUCUCAUAUGUCCAAAUGCAGACUCGAUGAGAUGAUUGGACCUGAUCGACUGAUGCUUGGGGUACAAAGCGGCAGUAGUGUUCGCCUUUUAGCUGGAUCUUAGUUUUAUAGGCACCAUUUAUGGUUUCUCUCGGGUAGAAGUGCUCACAUUUCACCCAUAUGAUCGCAAUCUCUUGUCAUGUUUCUUGCACUUUUGUAAGAGGGCAACUAGUUGUCUAUCCUGUAUGUAGGACUGAGAAGAGAACUAAUCAUAUUUUGCUGAUGUAUGUGAUGACAAAGGAGUGUUGCCCGAACAUAAGCAAAAUUUACCAAUGUCGUUAAGGAACUUUGUUUUCAAACUUGACAGCAUGUCGCUGAAGUGACGCCAUGGCAUUUCUUCAGUUGUCAGCCACAGCAUAGUCAAAUAACCUGGCAGAGGGAAAUAUUAAUGCCA